AUGCUGUCCCUCGACGAAGAGGUCCAACUUUACACCACCGACGCAGAACGGGAGAAAUACUCUCUUCUAGCUACGCUCUUCGGUAUUGUAGUCGCACUGGACUUUCUGGAACGCGCAUACGUCCGCGAUUCAAUUACUGCCGCUGAGUACUCGCCGGCAUGCACGAGGUUGUUGUCGCAGUAUAUGACGAUGCUCAAGUUGGUCAAGGAUUCGAUCCCGUCGAUCGAGGAGUUCAUGACCUGCUAUCGCCUUGAUACGCCUGCUGCGCUGCAUAGGAUCAAGGUAGGGGUACCCCCCACGGUGGAGCAUUCGAGCGAGGCUGGUCCUGAGACUGGAAAAUGGAUAGCUGAAACGACAAAGAACUUCAUAACCUUCAUGGACGCACUCAAGUUACGUCUGCGCGCAAAAGAUCAGCUACAUCCUAUCCUUCAAGAAUUCGUUACAGGGUAUGCGAGGUUUAAAGGGAGCAAGGAAUAG